AGCCCUCAGCAGUAGGUAACAGUGGAGUUGCAAUCUGUCAACGUUUUUCAACUUGUCUCACGGAAUGGACGAGAGGAAAAGUGAAUGCUGGCGGAUGACACGAUGAACUCUGCCGCAAGCGGCGCUGCGGAUUUUCAACCGGCAACAGCAACAGACAAUAGCGCAGGGAGGAGGCAACGGGCACCAUCUCCGGCCAGACUCCAAGAGGGGGCCUCUAAACGAGCCUGUAAAACCUCCUCCAGGCCAACAUCUACGGUUUCCAGAGGAGUUACCAGUUGCAAAAGGAAAAAGGAGAUUUUAAAGAUCACAGUAGAAAAAGAAAACGCGAGUCGCGACGUGGCAGCUGUUCACCCGGAUGGUGCUGAAACUGCUGCUGUCAAAGCAAAUAGGGCGGAUGGUGGAGGAGAAGAUACAGAUGAGAUAUUUGAUCAGCAAACAGACUCCAAAUCUUGUCGCUUGCCUCUUCGCUUGUCGUGCCUUAAAUGCGAUCCGUCUCAACAUUUUGAUUCAGGUCGACCGGACUGUGGUGGAUCGGCUUCUGUGAAAGGGAAGGCAAAGAAUCGGAGCGGGGAGGAAGGGAUAGCGUUAGCGGGUAGCCGCAGGGAAAGAAGCGGCGAGUACACGAGCAGUAGGCCGGGUUUAGGUCUGUGGAGGGGGGGAUGCUUGCAGACUGAACUCAUCCAGUUCCACUUAAACAGGAAAUUGAAAAGAAACGGCCACAAGAUGCACACCAAAGCAAGCAGCCCGCUUGGCGCUGAGGCCCAGCCGGAGCCUACCACGGAGGCCAUAGAGGCGGGGUCCGUGACACAGCAAGAAGAUGACUUUCACGACGAGAUGGAAAGACUGCUGGAGGAAAAUGAAGAUCUCAAAUGUGAGAUUGAGGAGAUGCGGACGGAAAUGGACGAGAUGCGCGACACCUUCUAUGAGGAAGACACAUGCCAGCUUCAGGAAAUGAGGCGAGAGUUGGAACGAGCCAAUAAGAACUGCCGGAUCCUCCAGUACCGCCUUCGUAAGGCAGAGAGGAAGAGGCUUCGCUACGCCCAGACUGGAGAGAUAGACGAGGAUCUGCUGAGGAGUCUAGAGCAGGACCUGAAGGUGGCAAAAGAUGUGUCUGUCAGACUGCACCAUGAGCUGGAGAACGUGGAAGAGAAACGCACAAAGACAGAAGAUGAGAAUGAGAAACUGAGACAGAAACUCAUUGAAGUGGAAGUGACCAAGCAGGCUUUACAGAAUGAGCUGGAAAAAGUUAAAGAGUCUCAGAAGAGAAGAGGAAGUAAGGAUGUCCAGAAGUCAGAUAAAAAAGCAGCACAAACUCCCACAGAGGACGACAACGAGGACCUUAAGUGCCAGCUGGCCUUCAUCAAGGAAGAGGCGGUCCUGAUGAGGAAGAAGACGGCCAAGAUAGACAAGGAGAAAGACCGUCUGGAGGCGGAGCUCCAGAAGUACCGCUCCUUCUACGGAGACCUGGACAGCCCCCACCCCAAGGGUGAGGCUGGGGGGCCGCCCACCACCCGGGAGUCUGAGCUGAAGCUCCGCCUACGUCUGGUGGAGGAGGAAGCCAACAUCCUCGGGAGGAAGAUCGUAGAGCUGGAGGUCGAAAACCGGGGCCUGAGGGCCGAGCUGGACGACCUGCGAGGGGAGUGUGAGGGGGCAGGGAGCUCCGGGCCGGGAGGGGCAGCGGGCGGAUCCUUCAUGGGCCGAGGUCAGGGGGAGGCCAUGUCGGAGCUGAGGCAGCAGUUGCAGCUGGUGGAGGACGAGGCCGAGCUGCUGAGGAGAAACCUGGCGGACGCCGAAGAUCACAACAAGAGGGUGACGGGGGAGCUCAACAAGCUCCGCUUCAAGGCCGGCACCCACGAGGGGGGGGGCAGGCACGGGGGAGGGGCGUCGGGAGGCUUGGAUGGAGCCAAGGCAGAGGCACUGCAGGAGGAGCUGAAGACAGCCAGGCUGCAGAUCAACGACCUUAGUGGGAAGGUGAUGCAACUCCAGUACGAGAACCGCGUCCUGCUCUCCAACAUGCAGCGAUAUGACCUGGCCUCCCACCUGGCGCUGAGGGGCGGAGCCAGCCCCCGUGACAGCGACGCAGACAGCGACGCCGGUGGCCCCAGUGGCGGCGGCGGGGGCCGGCGUGAGAGUGACGACGACUCCUCGUCUUCCCGUCUCCAGCCGCCCCACCGCAAGCGCGAGGGCCCCGUCGGGGGAGAGAGCGACUCGGACGAAGUGCGUAAUAACAGCAGCGCCUGCUGCCUCACGCCCACCCGGGGGCUGUACACCCCAACCGGACCUGAGGGGGCUGCCUCCUGCUCCCCCGUGGGCAUGUCCCGCUUCCUGCCCCGCUGCAGCCCGCGGGACCGCCAGCAGAUGAUCGACAUCCGGAUGGAGGCGGAACGUCUGGCCCGCACCAUCGACCGCCUGAUAGCAGACACGGCCACCAUCAUCGCCGAGGCACGGGUGUACGUCUCCAACGGCGACCUGUAUGGGCGGGGCUCUGCGGGGGGGGAGGAGAACGAGGAAGGAGGGCGGAUCAGGGAGCACGAGCUGCUGUAUCGCAUCAACGCUCAGAUGAAGGCUUUCCGGAAGGAGCUGCAGAGCUUUAUAGACAGGCUGGAGGUUCCCAAGCCAGAGGACAGGGAGGAGGAACCGCUAUCGGUCACCCAAAGCACAGGAAACUCCCCGAUUUCUGCAGAAGCCACAGUGAAAUACCAGAAACCACACCUCGGUUCAACACUGGAGACUACAUUACCCACAAUCAUUACACACUACUAUGUACAUCAACCCCCCUUAAAGAGAGCUGUACAUCAAUCAACACCACUGUGCUGCAUUUAUAUCCAUUAGUGUUCCUAUCUUCUCACCAUUGUUCGCCCCUUGACCCUCACGUGACUUCAGACCAGAAGGUCAAACCAAAUAGCAGUUGGAGGAAACUGCAAAUCAUCCCAAAGGUCAAAGCGGCCCGACAUGGCGGCCAUCGACC